CGGGGCCCUCUGGCCUGGACGGCGUGCACCCCCGGCGGGGCUGGCACCCGGGAGAGGCCCCUGCAUAUAGCGCCGCGCCGCCGCCGGGGCCCCUCACUCGCGCGUGUCGUCCGCCGCCGCCGUCCCCUCCUACACCAUCGCGCACCGGGCGUGGCGAGGCGCGGCGUCGCGACACCGGGCCGCCCAGCAGAGCCGCGGCGAUCCCCUCGCGCGGGCCCCCGCUGCCCCGCCGCCUGCCUCACCGCAAAACCUGACUGGUCCGGUCGGGUGGGUCCCCCUCUUCUCCGUGUAACUCUUUUACCUCAUCGGCCGGCCGCCGCCGCCGCUGAGUAGACUCGGUCGCCGGCUCUCGCAUCGCACCUGCGCUGGGCGGACGUUGUCGAGCCUGCCGUCUGGAGCAGCCUGUGGUGCCGCAACGUCCGCGUCGAGAGGAGCAGCAACGAAGCACACCAUGCCGUCGCUCGAGAGAGACGCGGAGGCCUUCCUGGGGGAGUGCGACGCGCUGCCGCUGUGCCUGUCGUCGCCGCCGUCCCCGGGCGCCAGCGGGGACUUCGGCAAGGACUCGAGGUUGUCCUCGUCGUACGGCAGCACGGCCAGCACCCUGAGCGCCUCGACGGCGCCCGCCGCGCCGCCGGCCCCGGCCGCGGACACGCAGCAGCUGCAGCCCAAGGACCCCGAGCAGUGGCCGCUGCUCGCGCCCGUGCUGCCGCCCCCGGGGGGCUGGGGGCUGGGCGUGCCGCCGGGGCUGAGCGCCGCCGACAUCCUGCCGCUCGCCAACGACCCCUUCUGGUGCCGGGUCCGCGCCGCCUUCAUGGCGCUCUUCUGGGUGGUGAUGGUGGCGCUGCUCGCCAGCGUGGUCGUCAUCGUCGUCAACGACCCCGCGCCCUGCUCGGCGAGGAAGCCGCCGACGCCGGAGCAGACGUUCAACGUCAGCCUGCCGCUCUCGGCGCUGCCGGUGCUGCAGGCCGUGGCCGCCUCCAGGUACUAGCACCAGCGCGACGGCACCCCUCUCUUCAGCUGCGAGCAGGCCUCCCCUCUCCUUAUCGUCCUCCCGUCCGAAGUGAGGCCGGUAUGGACGAUGCACUUCCCUUGUUUGGUGACCUGGAAAGUCCACCAUUGAGACAUCUGUGAUAAUUACAAGACUCAAACAAGAGACAAUGGGCACGUGGCCCACCCGGUGGCCGUAGGCGGCCGGCAGCGCGACAACAAACAGCUGUCAAGUGGACGGGCAAGUCAGUGACUCAGCCGCCGGCCCCCACCGGCCCCCGCCGCCUCCAAGCCCCCCGACGACCGAUAUCGCGUUGCUGUGCGAUGCUUCCGGGGGAGGGAGGGAGUCCGCCAUUGCCACGACGUGGCGGCGCGUGGUGUGGCCUUAUCAGUGCGAAAGUGACCAUCAAAUCGCCUAGCUGCCUGACCUAUGUAUGGCAGAAAAAAAACGAAACGUGUACGUCAGAGUACGAGCCGUAUUUUUGGACCACUCGUUCGUUGCCAAAAUUCGCUCCUCUUCUGUCUGUCUACUUCUAAGUCAAGUCUUAUGUCAAUUAAUUCUGUAUGGUCAGUACGUUUUACCCUGUCAAGCGUCCAUUUUACGUGUAUGCGUGCAAAUAUGUGUGUGUUCUGUGUUUGUCUUGAGACGGAUCGACAAGUAUUAUUACCUGCUUGUUUCUUAAUUAGUAAAUUAUUUAUAAAAUUCGCCUAUGACGCUUUGCUUAAGUUUC